AUGGACCGACACAAUGCAACAAUGCCUAAGGAGUUCAUCCUGAUGGGAGUUACCCAGAGUGCUGAGUUGAAACUGCCUCUGUUUGUAGUAUUCCUCACCAUCUACGCAAUCACCGUGGUGGGAAACCUCGGCAUGAUCAUUCUGACCAAGCUGGACUCUCACCUACACACCCCGAUGUACUUUUUCAUCAGACACCUGGCCUUCAUCGAUCUUGGGAAUUCCACGGCCAUCUGUCCCAAGAUGCUGGUGAAUUUUGUUGUAGAUCAAAACACCAUCACCUAUUAUGCUUGCGCCACACAGAUGGCAUGCUUCAUUAUGUUCAUCAUCAGCGAACUUUCCAUCCUGUCCUCGAUGGCCUACGACCGCUAUGUGGCCAUCUGCAACCCUCUGCUCUACAGUGCCGUCAUGUCUCCCAGGCGCUGCCAUGUGCUUGUCGGCAUCCCAUACCUCUACGGGACCUUCCAGGCUCUGCUGUUCCCUAUUAAGUAUUUCACGUUGACUUUCUGUGGCACUAACGUCGUUAGUCAUUUCUAUUGUGAUGUUGUCCCCUUGCUCCCUUUGAUCUGCUCGCAAGUGCAAGAGACGGAAUUGCUGACUAUAUUGUUUUCAGCCUUUAAUUUAAUCUCGUCUCUUCUCGUGGUGCUCUCGUCAUAUACGCUGAUUCUGUUAGCCAUAUUUCGAAUGCGUUCUGCAGAAGGUAGGAAGAAAGCUUUCUCCACGUGCGGUUCCCAUCUGACAGUGGUGGUGGUGUUCUACGGGUCCCUUCUCUUCAUGUACGUGCAGCCUAAAUCUACUCACUCAUUUGAAACGGACAAAAUGGCUUCGGUGUUUUAUACUUUAGUGAUCCCCAUGCUAAACCCCUUGAUUUACAGUUUAAGGAACAAAGAAGUCAAAAGUGCUUUGCAUAGAGUCUUUAAAAUUCUAUGA